CAUGGAGAGGAACAUUCAGGUGAUUCCCGCAACAUGUUUUCAUCACACCGAUCGCAUGACGUCUUUUGCGGGUGCAAUGAGUGGGUGGUAUCAUUACACAUCGGAGCAACUUUAUCUUACAAAAAGAAAAACAAGCAACGAGGGGCGGCAGACUCGGCUGGCACAAAUGAGACACUCUGGCGGUAAAUAUUUAAUCAAAUGGUGAUAAAAAAGAGAAGCAAAAACUGCUCUACACCGAUUACCAUAAAAGCCCGUUGCGCUGUGGGAAUCGCUAGCAAUCAGGCCGGGAAAUAGAAAUGCGCCACUUCGCGAUCAUAUUUAGCCUAUCUCUGGCACUCGGCAUCGCCUCCGCCACCGACUACUGCAAAAAGAGCUGCGGCAACACCAAGAAUCUGGGAUGCGGCAAUAAUGGGGCCUGGUCCUCUAGCUGUCCCAGUGACGCCACCCUGUUGACCCUGACCAGCGCUGAGAAGAAUGCACUGGUGGCCAGGACGAACGAGUAUCGCAACCACAUCGCCGGAGGACUGAAUGCCAAUCUGAGUGCCGCCUGCCGGAUGGCCACGAUCAAGUGGAACGAUGAACUGGCCUACUUGGCCAGUUUGAACGUGAAGAGUUGCCAGAUGAAACACGACGGAUGCCACAACACGGAUGCCUUCGACUGGUCUGGCCAGAAUCUGGCCUGGAUGGGCUACUACAAUCCGCUGAAUGUGACCCACUAUCUGGAGUGGGGCGUCGACAUGUGGUAUGAUGAGGCGGUGUACACCAAACAGGCCUACAUCGACGCCUAUCCGUCCAACUACAAUGGCCCGGCCAUUGGUCACUUCACGGUGCUCGUGGCCGAUCGGAAUACGGAAGUGGGUUGUGCCGCGGCCACCUACUCGGUGCCCGGACAAUCCUACAAGGCCUUCCUGCUGGCCUGCAACUAUGCGGCCACCAAUGUCCUGGGCAUCAAGAUGUACAGCUCGUGCCCGAAGGCGGCCAGCAAAUGUACCACCGGUACCAAUCCCAGGUACAAGUACCUGUGCAGCGCCAACGAGAAGUACAACGUAAACAAUCUGUCCUACUGAUCCAAUAAAUAGAAGCUAAACAAAAGUAUACUCUAAUCAAAGACAUCAUUAUCACAGUCCUUAUAACUCCAAGUUAAUGGCAUGAUAUAAUUUAAUCCGAAUCAGUUAUAGAUUAAUUGUACACUUUUUGAGUUACCAAUACAAAUGCAAAUGAA